CCCCGGCUCAACAUUCAUGGAUCAUGUGUUACGUUACCAGGACACUCCAGGAGUCAAAAUGAUUGUGGUUCUUGGAGAGAUAGGGGGCACGGAGGAAUAUAAGAUCUGCCGGGGCAUCAAGGAGGGCCGCAUCACCAAGCCCGUGGUCUCCUGGUGCAUCGGGACCUGUGCCACCAUGUUCUCCUCUGAGCAGUUCCAUUCCUGCAAAUUUACUCUGUGGGUCUGCGUGCAAAAAUAUUUCAAGGUACAGUUCGGCCACGCUGGAGCUUGUGCCAAUCAGGCUUCUGAAACUGCAGUAGCCAAAAACCAGGCUUUGAAGGAGGCCGGAGUGUUUGUGCCCCGGAGCUUCGAUGAGCUUGGAGAGAUCAUCCAGUCCGUGUAUGAGGAUCUCGUGGCCAGAGGGGUCAUCAUACCUGCUCAGGAGGUGCCGCCCCCGACGGUACCCAUGGACUACUCUUGGGCCAGGGAGCUGGGCCUGAUCCGCAAACCUGCCUCGUUCAUGACCAGCAUCUGUGAUGAGCGAGGACAGGAGCUCAUCUACGCGGGCAUGCCCAUCACUGAGGUCUUCAAGGAGGAGAUGGGCAUCGGCGGGGUCCUCGGCCUCCUCUGGUUCCAGAAAAGGUUGCCCAAGUACUCCUGCCAGUUCAUCGAGAUGUGCCUGAUGGUGACGGCUGAUCACGGGCCAGCCGUCUCUGGGGCUCACAACACCAUCAUCUGUGCUCGGGCCGGGAAGGACCUGGUUUCCAGCCUCACCUCAGGACUGCUCACCAUCGGUGACCGGUUUGGGGGUGCCCUGGAUGCAGCAGCCAAGAUGUUCAGCAAGGCCUUUGACAGUGGCAUCAUCCCCAUGGAGUUUGUGAACAAGAUGAAGAAGGAAGGAAAACUCAUCAUGGGCAUUGGUCACCGAGUGAAAUCGAUAAACAACCCAGACAUGCGCGUGCAAAUCCUCAAAGACUACGUCAGACAGCACUUCCCUGCCACACCCCUGCUUGACUAUGCGCUGGAAGUAGAGAAGAUUACCACCUCGAAGAAACCAAACCUUAUCCUGAAUGUAGACGGUUUAAUUGGAGUUGCAUUUGUAGACAUGCUCAGAAACUGUGGGUCCUUCACUCGGGAGGAAGCUGAUGAAUAUAUUGACAUUGGAGCCCUCAAUGGCAUCUUUGUGCUGGGAAGGAGUAUGGGCUUCAUUGGACACUAUCUUGAUCAGAAGAGGCUGAAGCAGGGGCUGUAUCGUCACCCAUGGGAUGAUAUUUCAUAUGUUCUUCCGGAACACAUGAGCAUGUAAUGGAGCCAGGAACCCUGCUACAGUAAAGUGAAGACGAGAACGCCUCCCCGCCCCUGGGGAAAUAGCCACAGACAGCUGGCACUGGAGCUUGCUUAAAGGAUGGGCCUGGAAUGUAAACAGCCAGCAGUGUACAGGCCCGAAGACCAACACCUACAGGCUAACACUGUUCAGUCUACACAAAGAAGCUUAAUAUUUUUUUUAUAAGCAUAGAAAUAAGAACCCAGCCAAUACUUGUAACAUUUGCUCUGCUACCUGCUGUAUUUAUUAUAUGGAAGCAUCUAAGCACUGUCAGGAUAGUGUUUUUCCUCAUUGUAGGGUGUUACAAUGUUGCCUUCUUUUUUCCAUUAGUUAAAAAAAUGUUUUCCCCUUGAAGGAAGGGAAUGACACUUUUAAGACCUCAAGAUACUCUCCAUUUAAAGAACCCCUAAUACCGUGUUUUUCCUUUUCGCUUUUCUUCCUCCUCAUAUAACCUGAAGAGCAUUGUAUUAAUCUGAUUUUUUUUUUUUUUUAGGAUCUUUUCGUAUGUUGUGUGUUAAGAGUUUGUUUGGUCUCCCCCUGAAAUGUUCCAUGUUGCAAACCAGUGUCGGGGACAGGACCAUUGCAUCCUUAGCCAUUGUUACAGAAUAUGUGGAACAGUAAUUUAAAAUGUAAAGUCAUAACAUACAUAUGUUUAAAAUGGAAGUGCAAAGCAAAAAGCUGUGAAAUGUCUUGUGUCUUAACAUUCUCUGUAUUUAUGCAACUGACUUGUCUGUUAUCGACUUGUCUUCAGUUUGCAUCUGUAAUCCACAAAGAUUCUGGGCAGCUGCCACCUCAGUCUCUCCUCUGUAUUAUCAUAGUUUGGUUUAAAUAAACUAUAUAGUAACAAUGAA